AUGCUUAGAGCAAGAAAACUUGAUUCGUUUCAAUCACCUGGAAUCAAUGCAAUCUUACCGAUCACGGAAUCUGAAAAAUUAAUUAUAUCUAAGAAAAAUGGUGAAAUAGAAGUAUAUAUCCGCGAAGAUUCCAAGUAUAGAUUAUUUCAAACGUUUCCAAAUUUUCUAGCAAAUACAAUAUCCACUAAUGAUAAACAAAUUGAAAACCUUUAUUAUUCGGAACGAUUAGCAACCAUAUUUGUACAUUGUAAUUCUACCUUACUGCUUCUUAAUUCUACAAAUUUACAAUUAUAUGAUCGAAUACAUGAUAAGAGAGGAAUUAAAAAAUGUUGGCUAUUAGAAUCUUAUCCAAUUCCAAUGCAAAAAAAGCAUGCUAGUCAAAAAAAACAAGAAGAAGAUCAUAAUGAUGACGAUGAUGAGGCUCCUUGUAAGGUAAUGACAUUCUUAUUAUAUGUUACUACAAAAUCUAAUAGAAUAAGAUUACUGAUAUGGGAUGAACGACAUUACCAAAAAAUGGUAGAAAUUGGUUUACCCAGUUCGAAAGAAACUUUACUAUCAGCAGAAAUUCUUGAUUUGAAAACAAUUGUAUUGGCAACAAAUAAGGGAAUUUAUACAUGGUCAUAUUAUGAUGAGAGACCAAUUCUAGAACGAAUUGAUAAAAUUGUAAGGAGAAAAUAUCCCAAAGGUAUAGUACCUGCUCUUAAAAUGCUGGAACAAUCAUGUAAGAAAUUCGAUAAGACAGAUUCCUUACCUUCGCAAGAUAAUGAUGAAUAUGAUACGAAAUCGAUCAGUCGACUUUCCCGAAAAUCUAGCAUAUCUACUUUUUGGAAUACAACAGCACUAAGCCGACAUCCUGCUUUUAGAACAGAUAUGAAAUAUAUUUUCAAACCAAACAUAGAUCAUCCUCCUGUUAUUAUUGAUUGGAAAUCAGGGUAUUUAUUCAAUAUAAGUAUAGAAAAAAAGGUUCCGGAAUUACUCCUUAUCUCUAAUAAUGUUCAAUUCUUUGAAUGGAAUUCACAAUUCCCAAAUAUUCAAUAUUUAUCUUCUGAUAUUUUAAUUAUGAACAACUCCAAAACACUCCGAUUUGUUGAUUAUAGACAUGGGUUUACAUUUUUGGAAGCAAUGAUCGAAAAGGGUAUUAAAAAGGUAGUGAAUUUAUGGGGUAUUCAUUUCCUAGUCUGGACAAAUGAUGAUGAAAUUUGCUUCUACAAAUAUCAAGUAGAUGAUGGACCUAUUCGUGAGGAGCAUUCAAGAACCCUCGAAUCUGUUACCACAUCUGCUGAUCAAUUAAAAGAAGAGACUGAAUCGAUCUGUAGUACAAAUCAUAAUUCUAGUUUUAAUCAACUUUGGCACAAGGUGAUUUUUUAUAAAUACUUUCUAAACUCCCCUUCUUCUUUGGAAUUAUGCGAAUCAAACGAUCCAGAACAAUCCCUAGAUAUAUGUGCUAUGAAAUUAAGAGAUUAUACAGUAAUCUGGUGUUUAUCAAUAGUUGAAAAACUACGAAUGCAUAUUUCAGUUUUAAAAAGAAAUGGGUUCAACUGGGAAAGUGAUCCAGAUAUUCGAUAUUUACAAAAUUACAUCCUAAAAGGUAUAUUUGAAACGUUUACUGAUUUUUGGGCACCACCCCAAUUAGUAAUUUUGAAAACUUUUCCCUAUAAAGUUGCUAGGUUAGUAGAAGAUAUAACUGGUCAAAUACAUAGUUGUUUCCCUACAAAAACAGAUGAUACCACAUUCGAAAUACCACCAACUAGUUUAAGAAAUUGGUGUGUACCGUAUUUGAUUGAUAUGAGGCGACAUAUCAAAAACUUAAUCGGUAAAGAUAAUAAGUCACAAGAAAUAAUAUGGCAUUGUUAUGAUAGAAGUAUUAAACAAACUCUGGAGUUUUUCUUAGUGGAUAAACACGAUGGAAAUAUUGAUACAAACACCAUGUUAAAAUUAUUGGAUAUGGUAUUAUUUGAAAUAUAUUUCGAUUAUGCUCCUAAUAUGGUUGGACCUUUCAUUAGUGUCCCCAAUAUGUGUGAUUUUUCUAUUGUUUUCGAUAAAUUGAAAAGUCGACAUAUGUUUCAAGAAUUAAUAGAUUUUUCGUACUUAAGGGGAGAACAUGAUAAGGCUCUAGAGUUUCUCACUAAUUUAGAAAACGAAAUUGAAUUUAGUUCAAAAAUACCUAAUUUGAAUGAAAAAAUCAAAGCAUUAGUAACUUUUUAUCUGAAGAAACUUCCUAAUGAAUAUCUCGAAACAAUUUUCAAAUAUACUAAUUGGCUUCUAGAACACAAUAAAAAUGACAGUCAUGAUCUACUCUUAUUGAUUUUCCUGAAUGAUAGUAUUACUAGGGAUGCGUCUAAAGUAUACGAAUACAUAAAUGAUAAAGAUAAAGAACUAUCUUUACAAUAUUUGGAAUUUACUGUGGGAACCUUAAAAAGUAAUGAUCCAAUGGCUCAUAUGACUUUAAUUGAGAGAUAUUUGGAGAACUUAAAUGAACCCACCACAAGAAAUAAAUUACAAGGGAUGCUAGAGAAAACGUCUGUAUACGAACCUAGGUCAGUUCUUGAAUUAUUGGAUGAUAAGAUUAAGUUUGAUUCUAGUUCUAGGAACGACAAUAGUGUAUUCAAAGAUGAUGAUGACUUGAAAUUUGUUAAAUUUCUAAAGACGUAUUCUUUCCAACGAUUGAAUCAACACGAAGAAUCUAUUGAUCUUCUUUUCACUGAACUGUCAGAGUAUAAGUUAGCUGCCGGAUAUUGUAGUAGGGUCUAUGAACAUUCUUCAGAUGAUGGUAAGACUAUUUUGUUGUAUCUUUUCAAGAAGAUAACCGCUAUUAAAGAAAUAGAAAAAAUGCAGUCAUUCCUUAUCCAAUUCCUAGAAGAAUUCAGUUGCAAAUUGGAUGUUAUUUUUCUGUAUAGAUCAAUCCCGUCGUCAUGUAAUAUGAAAAGUAUUGGUGAUAUUUUACUAAGAUCAAUAAAAUCAUUGUCAAUCAAAAAGGAUGAAAAACGUAUGCUCAAGAAUUUAUUGCAUGUGGAACUUAUUAAUAUCACCAAUGAAUUAUGGACAAACUAUUCUCAGUAUGGUGUUCUGAAUGAUUCUUAUAAAUGUUCAGUUUGUAGAAGAAAUUUUUCAACACUUAAUACGGAUACUGUUUGUUGGUUUACAAUCCAUGGUAAGAACGUAUAUACCCAUUCUAGUUGCGCCAAAACGUUACAAAAAGACACGGGAUAUUGA